AAUCCGACAGAGGUCUGGGCGACACAUCGGAUCACGACUGAGCGGAGCGAAAGUCCAGCGGCCUGUAACCGAUGCAGCGGCUCCGAUAGGACGGGACACAGCUGGUAUGAGCCGACGCUCUGCUCGCUGCUCCCGCGGACAGUGAUCGGCGGUGCCCGGGCCGUUUCCUGUACCCAUCCACCCCACACUCCCUGACAGCGGCUGGGCACCACUGCAGCGCAGAGCACGGAAAGAAAACUGUAGUUAGUCGGCUGCGGAGCCCCCUCCCUCCUCCCUCCCCCGCCAGGUUUAGCCCCGGCCCGGCCCGGCGCGGCCCGGCCCGGCUCGUCUGCCCUGCGCGGACCCGAGCGCUGCCGCCACCGCAGUCUACCCGCGACUAGCUAGCGCGGCUAGCUGUCUCUUGCUAGCUAGCUAGCUGGCUGGUCUGGAAUCCUGCAAGUUCGGUUCGGUGUUUAUCUAAAUUUUCGAGCCGCAGACCAGUAGGACGGAACAUGUCGACGAAGGAGCAGAACAAAGUGUCCACUACCGAGCGACCUAUUAAAGCGGUGCCAUAUCCUCCCGGUGUGCGCCUGUCGGUCAAAGACCUGUACAGGGACGGCAGGCCCACGGUGGACGUGCUGAAGGCCCAUCUGGUGAAGGAGGGCCGGCUGGAGGAGGAGGCCGCCCUGCGAAUCAUCAAUGAGGGAGCCAGCAUCCUCCGCCAGGAAAAGUGCAUGCUGGAAGUGGAAGCCCCCAUCACAGUGUGCGGCGACGUCCAUGGGCAGUUCUUUGACCUGAUGAAGCUUUUUGAGGUGGGCGGAUCCCCUAGCAACACCCGCUACUUGUUCCUCGGGGACUACGUGGACCGAGGCUACUUCAGCAUCGAGUGUGUGCUCUAUCUGUGGGCGUUGAAGAUCAACUACCCCAACACCCUCUUCCUCCUCAGAGGCAACCACGAGUGCCGGCACCUGACAGAGUAUUUCACCUUCAAACAGGAGUGUAAAAUAAAGUACUCGGAGCGUGUGUAUGACGCCUGCAUGGACGCGUUUGACUGCCUGCCACUGGCUGCGCUGCUCAACCAGCAGUUCCUCUGUGUGCACGGAGGCCUGAGCCCUGAAAUCACCUGCCUGGACGACAUACGAAAGCUGGACCGCUUUAAGGAGCCUCCUGCGUUUGGACCUAUGUGUGACCUGCUGUGGUCCGACCCUGGUGAGGAUUAUGGUGCAGAAAAGACCCAGGAACACUUCUGCCACAACAGCGUGAGGGGCUGCUCGUAUUUCUACAGCUAUCCGGCAGUCUGUGACUUCUUGAUGAACAACAACCUGUUGUCAGUGAUACGAGCUCAUGAAGCCCAGGAUGCCGGCUAUCGAAUGUACAGGAAGAGCCAGACGACAGGCUUCCCUUCUUUAAUUACCAUCUUCUCAGCGCCCAACUACCUGGACGUGUACAAUAACAAAGCGGCGGUGCUAAAAUAUGAGAAUAAUGUGAUGAACAUCCGUCAGUUCAACUGCUCCCCUCACCCCUACUGGCUGCCUAACUUCAUGGACGUCUUCACCUGGUCUCUGCCUUUCGUUGGAGAGAAAGUGACCGAGAUGUUGGUGAACGUGCUGAACAUCUGCUCCGAUGACGAGCUCAUGUCCGAAGGAGACGACACGUGUGAGGGUGGAACCCCGGCCGUCAGAAAGGAGGUGAUCAGGAAUAAGAUCCGAGCCAUUGGAAAGAUGGCCCGUGUCUUCUCUGUGCUCAGAGAGGAGAACGAGAGUGUGUUACAGCUCAAGGGGCUGACCCCGACUGGAACGCUGCCUCUGGGAGUUCUGUCCGGAGGCCGGCGGACGCUGCAGAGCGCCACCGUAGAGGCAGAAGAGGCACGAGCCAUUCAAGGCUUCAACCCGCAGCACAAGAUCCAAAGCUUCGAGGAGGCUCGGGGUCUGGACCGGAUCAACGAGCGCAUGCCUCCUCGCCGCGACAGCAAGCAGCAGGAAGCCGCUCCCUGCCUGAACAACCUGCCGGCCAGCACCGGGCCUCUGGACAAGAACGGCACCAACGCGCAGGCCUAGACGCUCCCUUUAUCGCCUCUCCUCCUUUUUCUUUCUCCUCCUUUCUUCACUGAAGCAGUUCAGUCCGAGCGAGACUCUCACCGCUUAAUUUAUUUUACCAUCUAAGUAUCAUAGUUUAAGACUGAGCAGGAAAAGAUCAGAAGCGUUCAGGACUCCACUGAAGCAGCCACGGCCCAGUUUGUAACCAGGAGGCUGGCGGUCGAAGCAACGGUUUGUUGUUUUGCUUUAUUCCAAGUUGUUAGGGAGGAAGUGACAUCAUUCAAACGCUGUGUUCGUGCCCACACACAAACGGUCAAAUUGCAUAAAUCCACCCUUUCUUAUGCCAACGAUAGUGUGACUGAGCUCCGAGGAGCAACAUUUAUAUUAUAUGUAUAUUUUAAUUGUUCCCUCUUUUCAGUGUGAUGUUUUUUUACAGCACAUAGAUUUAGGCUUAAUGUUCCAGAGCAGGGUGAGAAAGGAGGGGGGGCUGAGGACGGAGGGUUAUCACGCUUUAAUGCAGCAGAAAUGAUGAAAGUCAGAGACCAGAAGAAAACUCUUAACUCAAGGUCAUUCAACUCUGACCCUGAGCUGGUCAUGACAACAAUUCCGGAUCUCGAGCAAAGACUUUUCUUUCUUUUCCUUAAGUGGGGUCUCCAGCUUUGUGGCUUUAGCUGUUGUUUCUGUCAGGACCCAGAAUGCUAAAUGCUGAAAACAUGUCGGAUAGCAGCGUCGUGAAAAGUUCUCCUCUGUUCCACCUGCAAGUCAGAGGUCACACAACUCCUUCACACUCAACAGAUGUUAUGACUAAUGCAGAUAUUAGCCUGUCAAAGGAGCUUUGACGUUAGCGGCGUUGCUCAACAGAUUCACCCGAGCAUCAAACAUCAGCUGAUUUAUUUAAAGAGCCGUUAUUAGAUGGAGGUUGUCGCUUCUAAAACAAUCAUCCUGAUACAAAUCACAGUCAGAGUCUCCAAGAGUUGCAGUUACUGGGUUGGUGCUGAACAGGAAGCUGAGCUGAGGAGAACCUGGGGGUUGAGUGAACUUUCCCUCUUUGUGUUUGGGAGGUGGGUCUGAACAACAUAUCUCACAGAAUGUACAGAAGCGCUUUAAAACUAGAAUAAAAAGAUUCUGUUUUUCUUUACGUUCAAUUGGAAAAGGCAACUUUUUGUGGACUAUAUGUAUUGCGAGGCCUCUCAUUUAUGUAGAUGUUUCACUCCAUUCAAAUAAAACCUGAAAAGUC